CGGGCCGAGGGUGGGGCCAGCGCUAGUGGUUCCGGUUCGGCUCCUGCCGCCUCUCGGCUCCUCGCCUUCCCCCUCCCCUCCCACACCUCUCCUCCCUCCCGUUCCUGGGAAAGAGAGAAGCCUCUUCUGCGGGUGGGUAGAGGAGCGCACGGCGCCUCGGGGCGGGGACCGCGCCCGCCCCUUCUGAGCCCCGGAGCACGGCCAGACUAGGUGACAAAAUACCCUAUGCUUGAGACCUACAGUCUACAUGUCCUACAAGAACUAAUCAGUGCUUUUUCAUCUCCUGGAGAUACAUUAGAAACAUAAAUAUGGUGCCAAAAGAACUCCUUUCCUGUCUCUGACUACACUUUCUUUGGACAUACUUUUGUAUUGACGUGAGAUACACAGACUGAGGCUGCUCAUUGUGGAGAGACUCUGUCGUGUAGGAUCAUGGACCAUCCUAAUAGGGAGAAGGAUGAAAGACAACGGACAACGAAACCCAUGGCACAAAGGAGUACACACUGUUCCCGACCGUCUGGCACCUCGACAUCCUCUGGGGUUCUUAUGGUGGGACCCAACUUCAGGGUUGGCAAGAAGAUAGGGUGUGGGAACUUCGGAGAGCUCAGAUUAGGUAAAAAUCUCUACACCAAUGAAUAUGUAGCUAUCAAACUGGAACCAAUAAAAUCACGUGCCCCACAGCUUCAUUUAGAGUACAGGUUUUACAAGCAGCUUGGCAGUGCGGGUGAAGGUCUCCCACAGGUGUAUUACUUUGGACCGUGUGGGAAGUACAAUGCCAUGGUGCUGGAGCUCCUCGGGCCUAGCUUGGAGGACUUGUUUGACCUCUGUGACAGGACUUUUACUCUGAAGACUGUGUUAAUGAUCGCCAUCCAGCUGCUUUCUCGAAUGGAGUACGUGCACUCAAAGAAUCUCAUUUACCGAGAUGUCAAGCCAGAGAACUUCCUGAUUGGCCGGCAAGGCAAUAAGAAAGAACAUGUUAUACACAUUAUAGACUUUGGACUGGCCAAGGAAUACAUUGACCCUGAAACCAAAAAACAUAUACCUUAUAGGGAGCACAAAAGUUUAACUGGAACUGCAAGAUACAUGUCUAUCAACACGCAUCUUGGCAAAGAGCAAAGCCGGCGGGAUGAUUUGGAAGCCCUAGGCCAUAUGUUCAUGUAUUUCCUUCGAGGCAGCCUGCCCUGGCAAGGACUCAAGGCUGACACAUUAAAAGAGAGAUAUCAAAAAAUUGGUGACACCAAAAGGAACACUCCCAUUGAAGCGCUCUGUGAAAACUUUCCAGAGGAGAUGGCAACCUACCUGCGGUAUGUCAGACGAUUAGACUUCUUUGAAAAACCUGACUAUGAGUAUUUACGGACCCUCUUCACUGACCUCUUUGAAAGGAAAGGCUACACCUUUGACUACGCCUACGACUGGGUCGGGAGGCCUAUUCCUACUCCAGUAGGGUCGGUUCAUGUAGACUCUGGUGCAUCUGCAAUAACUCGAGAAAGCCACACACACAGGGAUCGGCCGUCACAACAACAGCCUCUACGAAAUCAGACCACAUCGUCAGAGCGCCGAGGAGAGUGGGAAAUCCAGCCCAGCCGGCAGACCAAUACCUCAUACCUGACGUCUCACUUGGCUGCAGACCGCCAUGGGGGAUCAGUGCAGGUGGUUAGCUCAACCAACGGAGAACUGAACGUCGAUGAUCCCACGGGAGCCCACUCCAAUGCGCCAAUCACUGCUCACGCUGAGGUGGAGGUAGUGGAGGAAGCUAACUGCCUGAAAAUGCUCAACCUGUGGUGCUGCUGUUUCUUUAAGAGGAAAAGGAAGAAGACUGCUCAGCGCCACAAGUGACCAGUGCCUCCCAGGAGUCCUCAGGCCCUGGGGACUCUGACUCAAUUGCACCUGCAGCUCCUGCCAUUUCUCAUUGGAAAGGACUCCUCUGUGGGGGAGGGUGGAGAUCCAAACCAAAAGGAAGAAAACAUGCCCCCAGAAGGAGCCAGUGUGGGCAGCCAGGGCCUAGUGGGUCCAUGGCUGUCCCCACCUGCCUAAGGCUCUGAGCAGGUCCCAGAGCUGCUGCUGCUCCACUGCUUGCCCUUGGGGCCGCCUGGUUGACUCUCCUUCCUAUUGUUUACAGUGAAGGUGUCAUUCACAAAAACUCAAGGACUACUAGUCUCUUCCCUCCCCUUAGUCUACUCCUGGUUCUUGCCCCACCCUCAGUCCUCUCCAGCAUAAAAGCUAUUGAGUUGAAGGCUUUGUUUGCUGAAGGAGCUCAAGAGGCUGGGAGUGCGGCCCAGGUAGGAGGAAGAUGGCAGGCCUGCGCUGGAGGAGAAUCUUCUCCACCUACCAGGUAUAUCUGGCGGGCGGUAUGGCUCCCUCAUCCUCUGUGCCUGCACAGCCUUCAUCCCCCGCUGGCCACGGGCUGCAGGCUACUCCCUCCUUCCCUCCCUCCCUCCUGUGAAGAAGUUACACUGUAGGACACAAGCUGUGAGAAAUCUGCAGUCUACUGUCCCCAUGUGUUGGCGUUCCUAGCUUUUCUUGACAAGCGAACUCUGUUCUCCAGUCAGUAGUAGGACAAUGCAUUGUUCUGAGCAAAGGAAAAAAAACUGACUUUAUUGCACUUUUAGUUUUUUGUUUUUGUUUUUUAACAGAAAACAUGGCAGAUGCAUAUUGUGUCUGGUUAUAUUGGGAGUUUUACCUUUUUUCUGUUUUGAGGGGAAUGGGGCCAGCCAAGCCAUUCAGAGAGAACAUGGGUCCAGAGGACAUUCUCAAUGGAAAGAGUUGGGUAUGCGGCACCCAGAAGAGAAGAAGCCAAACUCUAUGUCAUUCUGAGUGAACACUCAGGUUGGCAAGGAAACAUACUUGAAUUCUCAUCAUCUUCUCAGCUACUGAAGAAUGUCCCUACAAGCCUCUUCACCUCAUCAGCCUGCGAUUUGGACAGCCUCGCUCUCCAGUGCAUGGGAUGAGCCGGCCAAGCCAGACUGACCAGAAGACAGUUUAUCCCAGAGAAGGAGAUGCUUAAAACAAAUCUGAAACAACUGUUUUCUCCACUGCCGGGGACUUCCAACUAGAUAGCCAUGUGACUUCCUUAGUGAUGUAGGGGACAAAAUUAGUGAUGAAACAGCCACCGUCAUAUUGCCACUAGUGAACACAAAGAGGAGGAAAGUGAACCUGCCUUCCAACUGCCAACGGAACCUCAGGAUUUGGCAUCAUAGGGCCAGGAAAUAAAAUUGGUGUGUACUGUCUGCCCCAAUAGCUUGAGUUCUAGCAUUUGGGCUGGCCUCCCUUGUCAGAAACCAAGCACCUGCAGAUUUUCUCCCAGCAGGUCCACAGCAGCAGGCUUAGGACUCAGUACAUGGGGCUGUAGUGAACAGGAGGUAAGAUUGGUUGGUGCUGGAAAGUUCCAGGGGAAAGGAGACUGAACUGAAAGCUCUGAAAUUUUAUCAAUUGGACAUAGAUUCCUUCCAGAUCAGAUGGCCAUGUAUCUUCCAGAAGAGCAUGUUCUUCCCAGUACACUAUCUGUAUCGCCUGCCAUGGUGUAGUCACUGGACAUACUGCCAUGAGGAGUCUCGGUUCCUUAUUCACUGCUUUAAAAAUUAUUAAUGUAUAGAGUUCAUCUUCUCAUGCUCAAUUUUCAUUUGAGUUCAGUGGCUUUUCCAGACAGUGACCUCUCAUUCCAGAUGUGAUAGAAGAGAAAAGAUUAUUUACAUCAGGGAAUGAGUUUUUGUAUUUGGGAGUAGAGAGAGCUAACUAUAGAGGACAAAAACUGGUAACUUAGUCUGGUGGUUUUGGCAGUGAACACAAAUCAUUGCCCAUCUUGAGGUGUAUGGCUGUCUUUUGGACUGGAGGGUGUGGGGAUACUUUCUGGUAGUUGACAUUUCCUGACAGGUCCCUUGACAUAUCUUACAUGGAGCAGAAAUAGCAGCAGUAGCGUGAAACAGUUACUGGGCUUCACCUGUUCCAUCCGGCCUUGGCUAGGCAAUGUCACUUUACUGGCUUC